ACAAUCUGGACCUGCUUUGUGUGCAAACUACAGCAAGCCUCCUAUAUUUGAAACUUGAGAUCUUACACACUUACAACCAGGAAACCACACACAGCUGUUUCUAAAACAACAAAAUCCGAUUUUAUCAGAGAAUAUAAACCCACAGCAAAGAUGUCUCAUGCCGUUGAACCCGAUGUUCACGUUUUACCCCCAACGCCAAAAGGACAGAGCACAGUUUCAGAUAGUUUGUACGACGCAAUGGAGGAAAAGAGUAAGAAACGUAAAAGCCCAAAACCGUCAUCCAACCAGCCGCCUCCUUCAGUCCCUGCACGAAAAACAACAUCCAGAUCAUUCGGUGCUGGUGGAAUAGGCACACACUCAAGUCAGAGGGCAAAGUAUCGCAGGGGAGCGCGAGACAAACCGAGGCCCCAGAGUCAGUCGGGUAAGAGUAACCAGUCAAGCCACAUUCAGCACUCGUUUCUCACAGACGUCUCUGAUGUUCAGGAGAUGGAAAAGGGUCUGCUCAGCCUCCUUAAUGACUUCCACUCUGGAAAAUUACAAGCUUUUGGCAACGAGUGCUCUAUUGAUCAGAUGGAGCAUGUGCGAGAAAUGCAGGAAACGCUUGCUCGACUGCACUUCGAUCUGUAUGGAGAAGUGGAUGAGCUGCCAGAAGACCAGAGGAAGUCUGCUUAUGACACCAACAUGGAUAAACUGUUAUUAAACCUUGAAGAGUUGAGCUCCUCAAUACAAAAGCUUAACCUUGCUGACACUCAAGAUGUCCCCAGAACGUCCAGCAUAUAAUCUACAAAUUCUCUACCAUGGAAAAUGUGCACAUUUAACACAGAACAGCUAUGAAGAAACGCCAGUAUUACAGUUAUAUCGGUGACACUGUGGAUCUUAAACUUGUAGAAUUGGUCAGUUUGGCUAGUUUGCACUCUGUAGUUUUGUAGAUAAAAUAUCAAAGAACAAAUCCAAACAGUUGUGAUAAAAUGCCCAUCCGUCUUUCUCAUCAGAUCAUUUCAUAUUACCACAAGAAAUAUGCAUUCAUAAGAUAAUGUGACAUCUAAUCUUAUGUCUUAAAUGUUGCCUUGGAGUUCAUAUAGCAGCACCUUUGCAUUAUCACUAACUCACUUUAACAAGGAACUGAUGGGCACAGUUUGUAUUUAUUAAUGUCCUUUUUAAAAAAGCAAUUAACAGUGAGAUAAUGGCAGGUUACGUCUGUUUCCUGAGAACUACUGAGAUUGCAGAAUAAAAUUGCAUUGUAUAUUUUGGUUAUGGACAUAUUUACUUAUUUUUGAUUUAAACCUUAGAAACGUAAAAGUGUAACCCACUGGCUGAUUGUUGGUUAAACUUUUUAUUCAUGCAUCUAUCAAUAAAGUUAUAAUGUCAA